AUGUCACCAACCGCAUCUAAAUCCUCCCUCCGAGUAGUAGGAGGAGCCGAUCCUUCUGCUCUAGGCAACAUCAUCCGCGUCGCCCUUGCCUUCGAGUCCAUUUGCACAAUUGGUUUGGGCACCUACUACAUAUUCUUUCCACGCCACUAUUUGCUCCACACAAUGGGAGCUGCUGCUGCUCAAGUCACAACAACCGCACUACAAUCUGCUCAGCAAUUUGGUGCUGUGCACAUCCUCGGCGGUGCCACCGUUGCCCUCUUUAUACCCAACACCAAAAAUGCAAUUGAAUCCCGUCAGCGUCUAUAUUUCGUCAUUCUGGUCUUUGAGCUUUUGUAUGUUCCACUCCUCGUAUGGCAAGCGUUCAUGAUGGAGGGCGGCAUGCUCAAAAAAUCUUUGUUGGUUGGAGCCGCGCAGUUUGUGCCUUUUGUCGUAUGGAGAAUUUUUACCCUGGGUUGGAAGCCUGAGUGGUUUGGACGAUAUCAAGAGGGUAGGAAGAUGGAGUAG